CAGCCCCCACGCCCAGCAGGGCAGAUAACUUCAUUUGGUGUUGCUGUGCACAUGUGCGGCCUCCCAGCUGCGAUCCCCUGUGCUGGCGCUGGCCCUGCUCCCAGCCUCUGCGGCGCCUCUGGACCCAUGCAGCUGUUCAGGGUGCUGCGUCUCCUCUGGAUGCUCAGGGCCUUCCUGGGGUCCACAGGAACUUCAGCCACAGCCACAUCCACCUCUAAUGAGCUUUGGCGCACUGCUCUGAGGAAUCUCCCACACUCCAAAGGCACAGCAAAGUGGCCACUGAACACCCCCCAAAUUUCUCCCAGUCCUGAUGCUAGGGAAAACAUACCCAAGACUAUCAGCACCUCCCCCCACUCGAAAUCCCUGUCUGAAACAUUGCUCAAAUCACCCAUCAAUUCCAAGCCCCCAACAAGCCCCACGUCCAAGUUUGUCUUCAAGGUUGAAACUACCCCACCUACCAUGAUCGUCUAUACGGGCUCGACAGAGUGCACCAAUCCAACGAGCCUCAUAAUCACCACCACUUACCCCACCACCACCUGCGUGAGCCAGACCCAGGUGUCCUUCCCCAGCUCUCACACCACCACACCUGGGACAGAGACACCACGGACAACCAUCACCAGUACUUAUCCCAUGUCAACAACCAAGAGAGUCACCUCCGCCGUGACCAGUCCCCCCACAGUCACCACUGCAGGGAAAACUCCCACAACCACGGCCCCACCCUCCUCCUUUGUCCCAACCUCAUACACAACCCCAGACACUCUGAUCUCCUCUAUGACUGGUACCACUAAAAGGGCUACCCCAGCCGUUGGAAGUGUCCACACAACUGCGUCUCCUACCCCAACAAUCGUGCCUACCUCUGCUACUACCCCUUCUCUGACUACUAGGAACACCUUGAUAACAACAGACAAAAGCUUCUCACCCGCCACCCAUACUGUGAGCACUACUUCUCUUCCAGACAUGGUCAGUACUUUUAAAACAUCCACAGCCACCACUCCAGCACCCACUUCAACUGAUAUGUUAACAACACCUACAACACCAGUUGUCUCUACUGCCACUGAAGCAACCACGGGAAUAGGUACACCAAACAAAACUCCUGUGAACACGAUGGGCUCCGUGAAAAUGACAUUCAUUCCAAUGACUGACAUUCCCACAAAAACCCUCACUGACUCAGUUACUUCAGUUUCUCCACUCAUGUCCUCAAGCAGUCCUGCCACAUUUACCACAUCCAAAUCCAGCCCUGUGCCAACCAGCACUGAUACACACAUGACAUCCACUACCAAGGGGCCACACUCCACCACUGUGGCCACGACACAAAAAGGGCAGACAAGGGACCCAACAUCUCAAGCUUCUUCCACCAGGAAAACCACAUUUCUUACUACCACUCAUGUUUCCGCAGAAUCUGUAACGACAGAGAUUACUUCUGCAGCCCCAGUAACACGAUCAUAUACUCUCACAAAUACAGUCUUAUAUCCAACUACUUCUACUCCAGUGACCACGAAUACCUCAAUAUCACCCAUCAGUAAGAAUCAGUCUCCAUCUGCUUCAACCACAGAGCAGGCCUCCACUUCAACCAGAGACAGGAGCCCUUUCUACACUCUGACUACUAGAAUCCCUAAUACCCACACCACUGCCGGCACAUCGCCUCCCGCCAGCACGCCCACCCGCUCCACCACGCAGGUCGCCACUCCCAGGGACACCGCAGCCCCGGCCACCUCCCUCACGGCCACUCUGCCCUCUGCCGCCGCCGCACACACCACCGGGGCUGCUAGCACCCUCCUGGUGACCACGCCCAGGCCCACCGCACGGCCCAGCGCUCCGGCCCUCACCUCUUCCACCAUCUACUCCAGCGGGGGCACCCUCACUUCCGCAUUCACCUCACCCCUCCCGGCCUCCGCCACGCUGCACACAUCCACGACUCUCCCUCCCUCCUCGGUCAGGACGGGAGCCCCCAGCUCCACGCCCGCCACCACCGAGGCCGCAUCCACCGGCCCCGCGGCUCCAUCCACCACCGCCCCCUCCGCCGUGGCCCUCGGCUCCACGCUCGCUCUGGCCAGCACCUCAGCCACCCCCGCCCCCGCCCCCGCCCCCGCGGCCACGGCCACGCCCACGGCCACCCCCGCCACCGGGAUCAUCUCCUCCGGCCCCACCACCCACCGCACACACAGCACCUUCCCUGUCCAGGCAACCUCGGCCAGCACGCCGGCCGCCCCCUCCAUCUUCACCACUCCCCGCAGCACGGCGGCUCCCUUCCGCUCCAGCGCCAUUCCCGCCACAUCGCUAGGCGCCUCCGCCCCGGCCUCCGGCCGUACCAGGGCCAGUACCACUCCGGCCGAGGGUGCCAGCCCACCUGCCCCGAGCGCCAGUGUGCCGCCCCCGCACCCCACCACCACGGGGACUCCUCCCAGUGACACCUCUAGCCAGCCUGUCGCCACGGGGGUGCCCUCUCCGCCGUCGGUCACAUCCUCCGCCACGCCCAGCAGCACACUCUAUGCUCCCGCGUCCACCACCUCCACUCCCGUGGCCACCAAUAGCCCGACCGCGUCCACGGGGGUGCCUCGCUCCCCUCCACCUGCCCCCAGCACAGAGCCCGCCUCCGCCUCCACCCCGAACACCAGCCCUCUGCCCACCGACACGACCACACUCCCCACCACCCACACCACUGCCGGCCCCUCGCCUCCCGCCAGCACGCCCACCCGCUCCACCACGCAGGUCGCCACUCCCAGGGACACCGCAGCCCCGGCCACCUCCCUCACGGCCACUCUGCCCUCUGCCGCCGCCGCACACACCACCGGGGCUGCUAGCACCCUCCUGGUGACCACGCCCAGGCCCACCGCACGGCCCAGCGCUCCGGCCCUCACCUCUUCCACCAUCUACUCCAGCGGGGGCACCCUCACUUCCGCAUUCACCUCACCCCUCCCGGCCUCCGCCACGCUGCACACAUCCACGACUCUCCCUCCCUCCUCGGUCAGGACGGGAGCCCCCAGCUCCACGCCCGCCACCACCGAGGCCGCAUCCACCGGCCCCGCGGCUCCAUCCACCACCGCCCCCUCCGCCGUGGCCCUCGGCUCCACACUCGCUCUGGCCAGCACCUCAGCCACCCCCGCCCCCGCCCCCGCCCCCGCGGCCACGGCCACGCCCACGGCCACCCCCGCCACCGGGAUCAUCUCCUCCGGCCCCACCACCCACCGCACACACAGCACCUUCCCUGUCCAGGCAACCUCGGCCAGCACGCCGGCCGCCCCCUCCAUCUUCACCACUCCCCGCAGCACGGCGGCUCCCUUCCGCUCCAGCGCCAUUCCCGCCACAUCGCUAGGCGCCUCCGCCCCGGCCUCCGGCCGUACCAGGGCCAGUACCCCUCCGGCCGAGGGUGCCAGCCCACCUGCCCCGAGCGCCAGUGUGCCGCCCCCGCACCCCACCACCACGGGGACUCCUCCCAGUGACACCUCUAGCCAGCCUGUCGCCACGGGGGUGCCCUCUCCGCCGUCGGUCACAUCCUCCGCCACGCCCAGCAGCACACUCUAUGCUCCCGCGUCCACCACCUCCACUCCCGUGGCCACCAAUAGCCCGACCGCGUCCACGGGGGUGCCUCGCUCCCCUCCACCUGCCCCCAGCACAGAGCCCGCCUCCGCCUCCACCCCGAACACCAGCCCUCUGCCCACCGACACGACCACACUCCCCACCACCCACACCACUGCCGGCCCCUCGCCUCCCGCCAGCACGCCCACCCGCUCCACCACGCAGGUCGCCACUCCCAGGGACACCGCAGCCCCGGCCACCUCCCUCACGGCCACUCUGCCCUCUGCCGCCGCCGCACACACCACCGGGGCUGCUAGCACCCUCCUGGUGACCACGCCCAGGCCCACCGCACGGCCCAGCGCUCCGGCCCUCACCUCUUCCACCAUCUACUCCAGCGGGGGCACCCUCACUUCCGCAUUCACCUCACCCCUCCCGGCCUCCGCCACGCUGCACACAUCCACGACUCUCCCUCCCUCCUCGGUCAGGACGGGAGCCCCCAGCUCCACGCCCGCCACCACCGAGGCCGCAUCCACCGGCCCCGCGGCUCCAUCCACCACCGCCCCCUCCGCCGUGGCCCUCGGCUCCACACUCGCUCUGGCCAGCACCUCAGCCACCCCCGCCCCCGCCCCCGCCCCCGCGGCCACGGCCACGCCCACGGCCACCCCCGCCACCGGGAUCAUCUCCUCCGGCCCCACCACCCACCGCACACACAGCACCUUCCCUGUCCAGGCAACCUCGGCCAGCACGCCGGCCGCCCCCUCCAUCUUCACCACUCCCCGCAGCACGGCGGCUCCCUUCCGCUCCAGCGCCAUUCCCGCCACAUCGCUAGGCGCCUCCGCCCCGGCCUCCGGCCGUACCAGGGCCAGUACCCCUCCGGCCGAGGGUGCCAGCCCACCUGCCCCGAGCGCCAGUGUGCCGCCCCCGCACCCCACCACCACGGGGACUCCUCCCAGUGACACCUCUAGCCAGCCUGUCGCCACGGGGGUGCCCUCUCCGCCGUCGGUCACAUCCUCCGCCACGCCCAGCAGCACACUCUAUGCUCCCGCGUCCACCACCUCCACUCCCGUGGCCACCAAUAGCCCGACCGCGUCCACGGGGGUGCCUCGCUCCCCUCCACCUGCCCCCAGCACAGAGCCCGCCUCCGCCUCCACCCCGAACACCAGCCCUCUGCCCACCGACACGACCACACUCCCCACCACCCACACCACUGCCGGCCCCUCGCCUCCCGCCAGCACGCCCACCCGCUCCACCACGCAGGUCGCCACUCCCAGGGACACCGCAGCCCCGGCCACCUCCCUCACGGCCACUCUGCCCUCUGCCGCCGCCGCACACACCACCGGGGCUGCUAGCACCCUCCUGGUGACCACGCCCAGGCCCACCGCACGGCCCAGCGCUCCGGCCCUCACCUCUUCCACCAUCUACUCCAGCGGGGGCACCCUCACUUCCGCAUUCACCUCACCCCUCCCGGCCUCCGCCACGCUGCACACAUCCACGACUCUCCCUCCCUCCUCGGUCAGGACGGGAGCCCCCAGCUCCACGCCCGCCACCACCGAGGCCGCAUCCACCGGCCCCGCGGCUCCAUCCACCACCGCCCCCUCCGCCGUGGCCCUCGGCUCCACACUCGCUCUGGCCAGCACCUCAGCCACCCCCGCCCCCGCCCCCGCCCCCGCGGCCACGGCCACGCCCACGGCCACCCCCGCCACCGGGAUCAUCUCCUCCGGCCCCACCACCCACCGCACACACAGCACCUUCCCUGUCCAGGCAACCUCGGCCAGCACGCCGGCCGCCCCCUCCAUCUUCACCACUCCCCGCAGCACGGCGGCUCCCUUCCGCUCCAGCGCCAUUCCCGCCACAUCGCUAGGCGCCUCCGCCCCGGCCUCCGGCCGUACCAGGGCCAGUACCCCUCCGGCCGAGGGUGCCAGCCCACCUGCCCCGAGCGCCAGUGUGCCGCCCCCGCACCCCACCACCACGGGGACUCCUCCCAGUGACACCUCUAGCCAGCCUGUCGCCACGGGGGUGCCCUCUCCGCCGUCGGUCACAUCCUCCGCCACGCCCAGCAGCACACUCUAUGCUCCCGCGUCCACCACCUCCACUCCCGUGGCCACCAAUAGCCCGACCGCGUCCACGGGGGUGCCUCGCUCCCCUCCACCUGCCCCCAGCACAGAGCCCGCCUCCGCCUCCACCCCGAACACCAGCCCUCUGCCCACCGACACGACCACACUCCCCACCACCCACACCACUGCCGGCCCCUCGCCUCCCGCCAGCACGCCCACCCGCUCCACCACGCAGGUCGCCACUCCCAGGGACACCGCAGCCCCGGCCACCUCCCUCACGGCCACUCUGCCCUCUGCCGCCGCCGCACACACCACCGGGGCUGCUAGCACCCUCCUGGUGACCACGCCCAGGCCCACCGCACGGCCCAGCGCUCCGGCCCUCACCUCUUCCACCAUCUACUCCAGCGGGGGCACCCUCACUUCCGCAUUCACCUCACCCCUCCCGGCCUCCGCCACGCUGCACACAUCCACGACUCUCCCUCCCUCCUCGGUCAGGACGGGAGCCCCCAGCUCCACGCCCGCCACCACCGAGGCCGCAUCCACCGGCCCCGCGGCUCCAUCCACCACCGCCCCCUCCGCCGUGGCCCUCGGCUCCACACUCGCUCUGGCCAGCACCUCAGCCACCCCCGCCCCCGCCCCCGCCCCCGCGGCCACGGCCACGCCCACGGCCACCCCCGCCACCGGGAUCAUCUCCUCCGGCCCCACCACCCACCGCACACACAGCACCUUCCCUGUCCAGGCAACCUCGGCCAGCACGCCGGCCGCCCCCUCCAUCUUCACCACUCCCCGCAGCACGGCGGCUCCCUUCCGCUCCAGCGCCAUUCCCGCCACAUCGCUAGGCGCCUCCGCCCCGGCCUCCGGCCGUACCAGGGCCAGUACCCCUCCGGCCGAGGGUGCCAGCCCACCUGCCCCGAGCGCCAGUGUGCCGCCCCCGCACCCCACCACCACGGGGACUCCUCCCAGUGACACCUCUAGCCAGCCUGUCGCCACGGGGGUGCCCUCUCCGCCGUCGGUCACAUCCUCCGCCACGCCCAGCAGCACACUCUAUGCUCCCGCGUCCACCACCUCCACUCCCGUGGCCACCAAUAGCCCGACCGCGUCCACGGGGGUGCCUCGCUCCCCUCCACCUGCCCCCAGCACAGAGCCCGCCUCCGCCUCCACCCCGAACACCAGCCCUCUGCCCACCGACACGACCACACUCCCCACCACCCACACCACUGCCGGCCCCUCGCCUCCCGCCAGCACGCCCACCCGCUCCACCACGCAGGUCGCCACUCCCAGGGACACCGCAGCCCCGGCCACCUCCCUCACGGCCACUCUGCCCUCUGCCGCCGCCGCACACACCACCGGGGCUGCUAGCACCCUCCUGGUGACCACGCCCAGGCCCACCGCACGGCCCAGCGCUCCGGCCCUCACCUCUUCCACCAUCUACUCCAGCGGGGGCACCCUCACUUCCGCAUUCACCUCACCCCUCCCGGCCUCCGCCACGCUGCACACAUCCACGACUCUCCCUCCCUCCUCGGUCAGGACGGGAGCCCCCAGCUCCACGCCCGCCACCACCGAGGCCGCAUCCACCGGCCCCGCGGCUCCAUCCACCACCGCCCCCUCCGCCGUGGCCCUCGGCUCCACACUCGCUCUGGCCAGCACCUCAGCCACCCCCGCCCCCGCCCCCGCCCCCGCGGCCACGGCCACGCCCACGGCCACCCCCGCCACCGGGAUCAUCUCCUCCGGCCCCACCACCCACCGCACACACAGCACCUUCCCUGUCCAGGCAACCUCGGCCAGCACGCCGGCCGCCCCCUCCAUCUUCACCACUCCCCGCAGCACGGCGGCUCCCUUCCGCUCCAGCGCCAUUCCCGCCACAUCGCUAGGCGCCUCCGCCCCGGCCUCCGGCCGUACCAGGGCCAGUACCCCUCCGGCCGAGGGUGCCAGCCCACCUGCCCCGAGCGCCAGUGUGCCGCCCCCGCACCCCACCACCACGGGGACUCCUCCCAGUGACACCUCUAGCCAGCCUGUCGCCACGGGGGUGCCCUCUCCGCCGUCGGUCACAUCCUCCGCCACGCCCAGCAGCACACUCUAUGCUCCCGCGUCCACCACCUCCACUCCCGUGGCCACCAAUAGCCCGACCGCGUCCACGGGGGUGCCUCGCUCCCCUCCACCUGCCCCCAGCACAGAGCCCGCCUCCGCCUCCACCCCGAACACCAGCCCUCUGCCCACCGACACGACCACACUCCCCACCACCCACACCACUGCCGGCCCCUCGCCUCCCGCCAGCACGCCCACCCGCUCCACCACGCAGGUCGCCACUCCCAGGGACACCGCAGCCCCGGCCACCUCCCUCACGGCCACUCUGCCCUCUGCCGCCGCCGCACACACCACCGGGGCUGCUAGCACCCUCCUGGUGACCACGCCCAGGCCCACCGCACGGCCCAGCGCUCCGGCCCUCACCUCUUCCACCAUCUACUCCAGCGGGGGCACCCUCACUUCCGCAUUCACCUCACCCCUCCCGGCCUCCGCCACGCUGCACACAUCCACGACUCUCCCUCCCUCCUCGGUCAGGACGGGAGCCCCCAGCUCCACGCCCGCCACCACCGAGGCCGCAUCCACCGGCCCCGCGGCUCCAUCCACCACCGCCCCCUCCGCCGUGGCCCUCGCCACCCCCGCCCCCGCCCCCGCCCCCGCGGCCACGGCCACGCCCACGGCCACCCCCGCCACCGGGAUCAUCUCCUCCGGCCCCACCACCCACCGCACACACAGCACCUUCCCUGUCCAGGCAACCUCGGCCAGCACGCCGGCCGCCCCCUCCAUCUUCACCACUCCCCGCAGCACGGCGGCUCCCUUCCGCUCCAGCGCCAUUCCCGCCACAUCGCUAGGCGCCUCCGCCCCGGCCUCCGGCCGUACCAGGGCCAGUACCCCUCCGGCCGAGGGUGCCAGCCCACCUGCCCCGAGCGCCAGUGUGCCGCCCCCGCACCCCACCACCACGGGGACUCCUCCCAGUGACACCUCUAGCCAGCCUGUCGCCACGGGGGUGCCCUCUCCGCCGUCGGUCACAUCCUCCGCCACGCCCAGCAGCACACUCUAUGCUCCCGCGUCCACCACCUCCACUCCCGUGGCCACCAAUAGCCCGACCGCGUCCACGGGGGUGCCUCGCUCCCCUCCACCUGCCCCCAGCACAGAGCCCGCCUCCGCCUCCACCCCGAACACCAGCCCUCUGCCCACCGACACGACCACACUCCCCACCACCCACACCACUGCCGGCCCCUCGCCUCCCGCCAGCACGCCCACCCGCUCCACCACGCAGGUCGCCACUCCCAGGGACACCGCAGCCCCGGCCACCUCCCUCACGGCCACUCUGCCCUCUGCCGCCGCCGCACACACCACCGGGGCUGCUAGCACCCUCCUGGUGACCACGCCCAGGCCCACCGCACGGCCCAGCGCUCCGGCCCUCACCUCUUCCACCAUCUACUCCAGCGGGGGCACCCUCACUUCCGCAUUCACCUCACCCCUCCCGGCCUCCGCCACGCUGCACACAUCCACGACUCUCCCUCCCUCCUCGGUCAGGACGGGAGCCCCCAGCUCCACGCCCGCCACCACCGAGGCCGCAUCCACCGGCCCCGCGGCUCCAUCCACCACCGCCCCCUCCGCCGUGGCCCUCGGCUCCACACUCGCUCUGGCCAGCACCUCAGCCACCCCCGCCCCCGCCCCCGCCCCCGCGGCCACGGCCACGCCCACGGCCACCCCCGCCACCGGGAUCAUCUCCUCCGGCCCCACCACCCACCGCACACACAGCACCUUCCCUGUCCAGGCAACCUCGGCCAGCACGCCGGCCGCCCCCUCCAUCUUCACCACUCCCCGCAGCACGGCGGCUCCCUUCCGCUCCAGCGCCAUUCCCGCCACAUCGCUAGGCGCCUCCGCCCCGGCCUCCGGCCGUACCAGGGCCAGUACCCCUCCGGCCGAGGGUGCCAGCCCACCUGCCCCGAGCGCCAGUGUGCCGCCCCCGCACCCCACCACCACGGGGACUCCUCCCAGUGACACCUCUAGCCAGCCUGUCGCCACGGGGGUGCCCUCUCCGCCGUCGGUCACAUCCUCCGCCACGCCCAGCAGCACACUCUAUGCUCCCGCGUCCACCACCUCCACUCCCGUGGCCACCAAUAGCCCGACCGCGUCCACGGGGGUGCCUCGCUCCCCUCCACCUGCCCCCAGCACAGAGCCCGCCUCCGCCUCCACCCCGAACACCAGCCCUCUGCCCACCGACACGACCACACUCCCCACCACCCACACCACUGCCGGCCCCUCGCCUCCCGCCAGCACGCCCACCCGCUCCACCACGCAGGUCGCCACUCCCAGGGACACCGCAGCCCCGGCCACCUCCCUCACGGCCACUCUGCCCUCUGCCGCCGCCGCACACACCACCGGGGCUGCUAGCACCCUCCUGGUGACCACGCCCAGGCCCACCGCACGGCCCAGCGCUCCGGCCCUCACCUCUUCCACCAUCUACUCCAGCGGGGGCACCCUCACUUCCGCAUUCACCUCACCCCUCCCGGCCUCCGCCACGCUGCACACAUCCACGACUCUCCCUCCCUCCUCGGUCAGGACGGGAGCCCCCAGCUCCACGCCCGCCACCACCGAGGCCGCAUCCACCGGCCCCGCGGCUCCAUCCACCACCGCCCCCUCCGCCGUGGCCCUCGGCUCCACGCUCGCUCUGGCCAGCACCUCAGCCACCCCCGCCCCCGCCCCCGCCCCCGCACCACCUCCACUCACCGUGGCCACCAAUAGCCCGACCGCGUCCACGGGGGUGCCUCGCUCCCCUCCACCUGCCCCCAGCACAGAGCCCGCCUCCGCCUCCACCCCGAACACCAGCCCUCUGCCCACCGACACGACCACACUCCCCACCACCCACACCACUGCCGGCCCCUCGCCUCCCGCCAGCACGCCCACCCGCUCCACCACGCAGGUCGCCACUCCCAGGGACACCGCAGCCCCGGCCACCUCCCUCACGGCCACUCUGCCCUCUGCCGCCGCCGCACACACCACCGGGGCUGCUAGCACCCUCCUGGUGACCACGCCCAGGCCCACCGCACGGCCCAGCGCUCCGGCCCUCACCUCUUCCACCAUCUACUCCAGCGGGGGCACCCUCACUUCCGCAUUCACCUCACCCCUCCCGGCCUCCGCCACGCUGCACACAUCCACGACUCUCCCUCCCUCCUCGGUCAGGACGGGAGCCCCCAGCUCCACGCCCGCCACCACCGAGGCCGCAUCCACCGGCCCCGCGGCUCCAUCCACCACCGCCCCCUCCGCCGUGGCCCUCGGCUCCACACUCGCUCUGGCCAGCACCUCAGCCACCCCCGCCCCCGCCCCCGCCCCCGCGGCCACGGCCACGCCCACGGCCACCCCCGCCACCGGGAUCAUCUCCUCCGGCCCCACCACCCACCGCACACACAGCACCUUCCCUGUCCAGGCAACCUCGGCCAGCACGCCGGCCGCCCCCUCCAUCUUCACCACUCCCCGCAGCACGGCGGCUCCCUUCCGCUCCAGCGCCAUUCCCGCCACAUCGCUAGGCGCCUCCGCCCCGGCCUCCGGCCGUACCAGGGCCAGUACCCCUCCGGCCGAGGGUGCCAGCCCACCUGCCCCGAGCGCCAGUGUGCCGCCCCCGCACCCCACCACCACGGGGACUCCUCCCAGUGACACCUCUAGCCAGCCUGUCGCCACGGGGGUGCCCUCUCCGCCGUCGGUCACAUCCUCCGCCACGCCCAGCAGCACACUCUAUGCUCCCGCGUCCACCACCUCCACUCCCGUGGCCACCAAUAGCCCGACCGCGUCCACGGGGGUGCCUCGCUCCCCUCCACCUGCCCCCAGCACAGAGCCCGCCUCCGCCUCCACCCCGAACACCAGCCCUCUGCCCACCGACACGACCACACUCCCCACCACCCACACCACUGCCGGCCCCUCGCCUCCCGCCAGCACGCCCACCCGCUCCACCACGCAGGUCGCCACUCCCAGGGACACCGCAGCCCCGGCCACCUCCCUCACGGCCACUCUGCCCUCUGCCGCCGCCGCACACACCACCGGGGCUGCUAGCACCCUCCUGGUGACCACGCCCAGGCCCACCGCACGGCCCAGCGCUCCGGCCCUCACCUCUUCCACCAUCUACUCCAGCGGGGGCACCCUCACUUCCGCAUUCACCUCACCCCUCCCGGCCUCCGCCACGCUGCACACAUCCACGACUCUCCCUCCCUCCUCGGUCAGGACGGGAGCCCCCAGCUCCACGCCCGCCACCACCGAGGCCGCAUCCACCGGCCCCGCGGCUCCAUCCACCACCGCGCCCUCCGCCGUGGCCCUCGGCUCCACACUCGCUCUGGCCAGCACCUCAGCCACCCCCGCCCCCGCCCCCGCCCCCGCGGCCACGGCCACGCCCACGGCCACCCCCGCCACCGGGAUCAUCUCCUCCGGCCCCACCACCCACCGCACACACAGCACCUUCCCUGUCCAGGCAACCUCGGCCAGCACGCCGGCCGCCCCCUCCAUCUUCACCACUCCCCGCAGCACGGCGGCUCCCUUCCGCUCCAGCGCCAUUCCCGCCACAUCGCUAGGCGCCUCCGCCCCGGCCUCCGGCCGUACCAGGGCCAGUACCCCUCCGGCCGAGGGUGCCAGCCCACCUGCCCCGAGCGCCAGUGUGCCGCCCCCGCACCCCACCACCACGGGGACUCCUCCCAGUGACACCUCUAGCCAGCCUGUCGCCACGGGGGUGCCCUCUCCGCCGUCGGUCACAUCCUCCGCCACGCCCAGCAGCACACUCUAUGCUCCCGCGUCCACCACCUCCACUCCCGUGGCCACCAAUAGCCCGACCGCGUCCACGGGGGUGCCUCGCUCCCCUCCACCUGCCCCCAGCACAGAGCCCGCCUCCGCCUCCACCCCGAACACCAGCCCUCUGCCCACCGACACGACCACACUCCCCACCACCCACACCACUGCCGGCCCCUCGCCUCCCGCCAGCACGCCCACCCGCUCCACCACGCAGGUCGCCACUCCCAGGGACACCGCAGCCCCGGCCACCUCCCUCACGGCCACUCUGCCCUCUGCCGCCGCCGCACACACCACCGGGGCUGCUAGCACCCUCCUGGUGACCACGCCCAGGCCCACCGCACGGCCCAGCGCUCCGGCCCUCACCUCUUCCACCAUCUACUCCAGCGGGGGCACCCUCACUUCCGCAUUCACCUCACCCCUCCCGGCCUCCGCCACGCUGCACACAUCCACGACUCUCCCUCCCUCCUCGGUCAGGACGGGAGCCCCCAGCUCCACGCCCGCCACCACCGAGGCCGCAUCCACCGGCCCCGCGGCUCCAUCCACCACCGCCCCCUCCGCCGUGGCCCUCGGCUCCACGCUCGCUCUGGCCAGCACCUCAGCCACCCCCGCCCCCGCCCCCGCCCCCGCGGCCACGGCCACGCCCACGGCCACCCCCGCCACCGGGAUCAUCUCCUCCGGCCCCACCACCCACCGCACACACAGCACCUUCCCUGUCCAGGCAACCUCGGCCAGCACGCCGGCCGCCCCCUCCAUCUUCACCACUCCCCGCAGCACGGCGGCUCCCUUCCGCUCCAGCGCCAUUCCCGCCACAUCGCUAGGCGCCUCCGCCCCGGCCUCCGGCCGUACCAGGGCCAGUACCCCUCCGGCCGAGGGUGCCAGCCCACCUGCCCCGAGCGCCAGUGUGCCGCCCCCGCACCCCACCACCACGGGGACUCCUCCCAGUGACACCUCUAGCCAGCCUGUCGCCACGGGGGUGCCCUCUCCGCCGUCGGUCACAUCCUCCGCCACGCCCAGCAGCACACUCUAUGCUCCCGCGUCCACCACCUCCACUCCCGUGGCCACCAAUAGCCCGACCGCGUCCACGGGGGUGCCUCGCUCCCCUCCACCUGCCCCCAGCACAGAGCCCGCCUCCGCCUCCACCCCGAACACCAGCCCUCUGCCCACCGACACGACCACACUCCCCACCACCCACACCACUGCCGGCCCCUCGCCUCCCGCCAGCACGCCCACCCGCUCCACCACGCAGGUCGCCACUCCCAGGGACACCGCAGCCCCGGCCACCUCCCUCACGGCCACUCUGCCCUCUGCCGCCGCCGCACACACCACCGGGGCUGCUAGCACCCUCCUGGUGACCACGCCCAGGCCCACCGCACGGCCCAGCGCUCCGGCCCUCACCUCUUCCACCAUCUACUCCAGCGGGGGCACCCUCACUUCCGCAUUCACCUCACCCCUCCCGGCCUCCGCCACGCUGCACACAUCCACGACUCUCCCUCCCUCCUCGGUCAGGACGGGAGCCCCCAGCUCCACGCCCGCCACCACCGAGGCCGCAUCCACCGGCCCCGCGGCUCCAUCCACCACCGCCCCCUCCGCCGUGGCCCUCGGCUCCACGCUCGCUCUGGCCAGCACCUCAGCCACCCCCGCCCCCGCCCCCGCCCCCGCGGCCACGGCCACGCCCACGGCCACCCCCGCCACCGGGAUCAUCUCCUCCGGCCCCACCACCCACCGCACACACAGCACCUUCCCUGUCCAGGCAACCUCGGCCAGCACGCCGGCCGCCCCCUCCAUCUUCACCACUCCCCGCAGCACGGCGGCUCCCUUCCGCUCCAGCGCCAUUCCCGCCACAUCGCUAGGCGCCUCCGCCCCGGCCUCCGGCCGUACCAGGGCCAGUACCCCUCCGGCCGAGGGUGCCAGCCCACCUGCCCCGAGCGCCAGUGUGCCGCCCCCGCACCCCACCACCACGGGGACUCCUCCCAGUGACACCUCUAGCCAGCCUGUCGCCACGGGGGUGCCCUCUCCGCCGUCGGUCACAUCCUCCGCCACGCCCAGCAGCACACUCUAUGCUCCCGCGUCCACCACCUCCACUCCCGUGGCCACCAAUAGCCCGACCGCGUCCACGGGGGUGCCUCGCUCCCCUCCACCUGCCCCCAGCACAGAGCCCGCCUCCGCCUCCACCCCGAACACCAGCCCUCUGCCCACCGACACGACCACACUCCCCACCACCCACACCAUUGGCAGCCCUUCACUUCCCACCAGAUAUACCUUGUUAUUGUCCCCUAAGGUACCUUCAUUCACUCAUACCACAAGCACAGAUUCAUGCUCCAGUUCCUCCAGCAAUAGAAAUUGCCUAUCCACGUUUACCCUCAAUAUCGUUUCUCCCUAUGCCACUUCUCUUCUUUCACCUCCUACCCGUUCUGUCCUCACUUCCUCGACAGCAAUCACCGGUCUGACAGACACUUCAAAUUUAACCACCUCAAUCACAGCCCCUCUGCCCUUGCUCUCCACUGCAGAAACCAACCAGUCUGAUAGCAUUCACUUGGUGACCACAGUCAUCCCCACAAAACACCAAAGUGCUCUGAACAUCACCUCUUCAACCACCUCGUUUCCUGGGAACAUUUCCAGGUCGGCUUUCACUGCAUCUGUGUCUAGCUCCACUAUUGUGCAGACAUCCACGACUGUACCUGCCUCCUCUGACAGUAUAGAAGUGUCUACCCUGUCACCAGCCUCCAUCCAGUCCACAUUCAUGAAUUCUGCUGGUUCUUCCACCUCCAAGGCCGACCUCAGCUGGACACUUUCCCUGUCUGGCACCUCCCCCCGCACCACAGAUAAUAUCCCAUCUUCUCCCCCUACCCAUAAUACAGGAACAACCUCUAAUAUCGUGACAACCUUGGCCACUAGGCCCAGUGAGACACCUGUGUUCUCUAACAUCCAAAGUACAGCAACUCCCUUCGUCUCUACCAGCAUUCCAGGUCCAUCUUUAGGUCGUUCUCUCAUGCCUAGCAGCAGUACCUGGACCACUCAGGCAGACAAUACCACCUCAUAUGCAAUUAGCAUGUCUAAUUCAAUGCAGGAAACCGCUGAAAGCACUUUGGCACCCACCAGCACUGAUCUAUACCUGUAUCAGUCCAGUUCCAUGGGACUGUCCUCCACUGCAGCUUCUAAAGAAACAGCCACGAUGAGGGACACAACCCUGCUUGCUUCAUCCACUUUGAGAACCACAGUUACUCCUAUCAGUACCCUUUCUGUAGAGUCUCUGACAACAGACAUUACUUCUGUUUCUCCCAUCACAUCCUCAGCCACUCAAACAAGUACAGUCCAUUUUCAGACAUCUCCAGUCUCUAUGCCAGUGACCAGUAGUUCCUUGACAGCAUCCAGUUCGCCUGUAUCAUUUCCAUCUUUCCCAACCACAGAACUAGUACCCACUGAACCCACAGCCUCCACCCCUCUGUUUACCCUACCCACGAUCCCUGCCACCCAGUCCACGUCCACCCCUUCAUCUCUGACUGGGACGUUUACCACAACCAGAACUGAGGUCACCACUCCCACGCAUAUGUCUCCCCCUGCCACAUUGAUCACAGCAUCCUCGAGCACUCCCUCAACCACAGAAGUUGCCAAGACUGGGACCACAAACAUGGCAACAACACCCACCUCCAUAACAGCUCUCAGGACUUCAGGUGUUUCUCCCUCUUCAGCUUUCCCUAUAUUGAGUACUUCUACUAAUGCGAUAAGUACCCCUUUUGGUACCAUCAUCUCCUCUUCAAUACCUGCAAUAAUGUCAUCUUCCAUUAGCCCAAGUUCAGAGGUCUCUGCAACAAGUAGUUCUUUUUCUAUCUCCUCUCAUAUGUCCAGUGCAGAGAACACAGGCCCUUCCUCUCUCACUGCUUUUCCCACCUUUUCAUCAACUGAAACGACAAAAACUUCUUCCACCAUGACUUCCAUAAUGACAUCUCCUACCCAGACGACCACCAUGCUGACUCUGUUUUCCACCACCCCGUGUCCAGAAUCCAUAUCAGUUACAAUAGUGUCUGCUUCUCCCACUACACCAUGUGUCGAAGUGGGUCCAAAUGCUGAAGUUACCUCUAUGCCCACUGUCCCAUUAUCAGUUUUUACCUCUACUACUGAGAUGGUCACCUCUCCCAAUUCCACAAGUAUGACAACUCUGUUCCCUGAUAAACUGGGUACUUCUUCUCCCAAGCUUGACACUAACCCCUCCAACAAGACUGCUGCUCCUAGUUCUAUCAACACUGGAAGAAUUCCCAUCAACACGGUUUUCCCAAGCAAACUAAGGCCUAAUAGUGGGACCUGGAUCAACUCCAACUUUGUAAAUACUCGGCCUGUGCCUGGCCUCAUUACCUCCCCAUGCAUCGUGAAACGCAGAAGGAGAUCUUCAUCUUCCAUGAUGGCUACACGCAACUUGACACCUCAAAGCCUACCAAUCACCAGAGUUCCACGGAUACUGGUGGACACCAAGACUCUCUCUACGCAUACAUCUCGCUGGACAACUUUGACCACUACUCAGAUGACCACACAGUCUAGGUUUACCAGCAGCCCAGGCGCUUGUGACAAUGGUGGCAGCUGGACGCAGGGCCAGUGCUUCUGUCCCCGAACUUUCUAUGGCUCCCACUGCGAGUUGGCUGCCAGAGAGAUAUAUCUGGAUAUGGUGGACAGUGAAGUGGGCAUGGAGGUGUCUGUCAACCAGGAGUUUUCCCUGGACCUCAAUGACAACAGUUCCAAGGUCUACAGGGAUUUCACGAACACCUUCCGGGAUCAGAUAAAGAAGAUUUACCAAAAUGUGCAGGGGUUCAAGGAGGUGCAGAUCCUUUCUCUGAGGAAUGGCAGCAUCGUGGUGGAAUAUCUAGUCCUGCUGGAGUUACCCUUCAGCCUCCAGCUGGAGGAGGAGUAUGAGAAGGUGAAGGUGGCCUUGAAGGAGGAGCUCCAGAAUGUUAGCCAGGAUGGGAACAGCUGCCAGAAUGACCAAGUCCUGUGUUUUAAGCCUGACUCCAUCAAGGUGAACACCACCACCAGGACGGAGCUGUCACCUGAAGCCAUCUGUCGCCGCGCUGCUGCCGAAGGUUUUAAGGAUUUCUACUUCCCUUUACUGGAGGAGAACCAGCUCCGCUGUGUCACCAAAUGCACGGCAGGCGUGAAAGGCGCCAUUGACUGCCAUCAGGGCCAAUGCGUUCUGCAGAGGAGUGGUCCUUCUUGCCGCUGCUUCUCCACGGACACGCACUGGUUCUUGGGCCCGCGCUGCGAGGUGGCCAUCUCCUGGAAGGCGCUGGUCGGGGGCCUGGUGGGAGCUGGGGCCCUGCUUCUGCUGCUGCUGGUGGUGGCGCUGAGCGUGUUCGUUGUGCGCUCCCAGAGGAGGGACAGGCAAGGCCGAGGCAGGUCCAGGGACGACAGGAAGUGGUUCGAGACCUGGGAUGAGAGUGCAAAACCGGCUUUUUCUAACUUUGCCUUCCAGGAUGACAGAAGAGUUAACGAAGAAAACUUCCCUGUGGCCUUGGACACCGUGGACACCAAUGCCAGGGUGCAUAUUCACAGACCUGAGGUGGUCUCGUCCUCACUGUGAGCCCACACAGCCCUCUCCACCUGCCCGGACAGCAGAGAGAACCAUCUGCACUGCCUUUGGAGAGAUGGCCACGGGCUCGUGCGGCUCAGUCUCCUGGUUUCCUAGGGCAUAACAGACCUCCGCCUACCCUCAUCCUUCCCCCAACUUGGGUGAAACCCACCUGGAGACCCAGUUCAAAUCCAUGCUCUUCCACUGUGGGACCUUGGGCAAGUCAGUAACUUCUCUGAACUUUGGUUUUGUCACCUGCAAAAUGCAAGUGGCCCACUCCUCCUGGUACUUCCUGUUGGUUAUAGUGAAACCAGAUGUCUUGGGUCUGACCUCUGUCCCAAUGCACCUUCCUGUGUCGGCCUUCAUGCUCAUAUGGCUUCACUCACAUCCCCAGUCCCCGUGUCCUUCCCUGAGGCUCAGGCCUCUGCCUCUCCUUUUCCCGUGUGCAUCCCUACUGCCAGCCAGGUCUUCCCCCCAUACCUGUAAGCAGCCUGCAGCCUGUCCCAGCCUCCUACCCUGUCCUUCUGUAACUCCCUGCUGCGCCCCUCCACCACUUCUUAACCCUCUCCCCUCUGAAGCUGCUGCUGCUGCUAAGUCGCUUCAGUCAUGCCCGACUCUGUGUGACCCCAUAGAGAGCAGCCAACCAGGCUCCUCCAUCCCUGGGAUUCUCCAGGCAAGAAUCCUGGAGUGGGUUUCCAUUUCCCUCUGAACCCACUUCUUCUUAAGUCCCUCCUCCCCCACACUCCCGCCCUGUGUCUCCCUGUUUCCAUACUUUCCCCUUCCUCAUCUUUCUACCCUCAAUCCUAAAUCCCCCCUGCCCCCCACAUCUCCAUGCCCCACUGCUAAAUCCUCCCUCCUCCCCACCCCCUCUCCCUAGAUAGGUACAGAUGCCCUCUGCAUCUUAGGACCCCCAACUGGGGUUCCCUAGGCCAGGUCCCCCAUUCUGAGUCCCCAUCCUUCCUGUCACCCCUAAGGGCCCUGGAUCCCGGUGGGUGGGGGGUGGCAGGUAGGUUCCCAGGCCCCUGAAGAUGAGGGGAAGAGGGGACCUGAGGUGGGAAAGCUCCCUCAGCACCCCCUCCCCAUUCCCCUAACUCUCCCUCCUCUCCCUUCGUGGCCCCCACUUCCUACUCCUCCUCCACCUCCCCUCACCCUUCCUCUCCGUGGCUCACCCCCAUCUCUGCUGUAACCUCUGAAGCCAGGAGCCCAGCCUCCUUUGCAGGAAGACCUCACCUGGGGACAGGAAGUCUGCAAGUCUCCAGUUCACCCAAUUGAUCAUAAUAUAGCAUUGUGGUUUAA